AGCCCAGGAUGCUCAGGGUGCUGUGUUGUAUUGCUGCUACCGGCUCUCAUGUAAACCAGCCUGGCCAUAAGUUCUGUAUUGUGUAACUGAGGAUGGCUUUGAACUUUGAUUCUCUUGCCUUUACCUCCCAAGGAGAGCUGUUAGUUUCCAGGGCUCAAGUGGAUACCCCGACAAUACUAGACGCAGAGAAAAUUGCGAUCAAAAGGAGGAAAGGCUGUAAAGGGAACGGGGAAGGCAGUUUAUUCAGGAUAUAAGAUUUUUUAUGUUGCAUAUAAUCUAUAGGGACUUGUUCGUUGAGAUAGGGUCUUACAGGGUUGGCCAGCUGGCUGGGAACUAGGCUGACUUCUCAGAGAUCCACAUCUGCUUGCCGAAUGCUGAGAUUAAAGUCCUUCUUCAAAACCUGUCUUCUCCUGCUGAGCCUCCAGUUAGCAGCCCAGUGACCAGAGCAUUUCCCCCGCCCAUGGAAACGCAGUCAGAGCAUGCGUCUCAGGAGCCGCUGCCCCUGUUAGAGAGCGCUCUUUCUUCUUCGGAAGUCCCUUCCUUUCCUGACAAGGACAGUCUGGGGGAUGAGAUGCUGGCUGCUGCCCUUCUAAAGGCCAAGUCCCAGGAGUUGGUGACAUUUGAGGAUGUAGCUGUGUACUUCAUCUGGAAAGAGUGGAAGCGUUUGGAGCCUGCACAGAGGGACCUCUAUAGGGAUGUGAUGCUGGAGAAUUACGGGAAUGUGUUUUCACUGGAUGGCGAUUCCAAAAUUGGAAAUGAUCAAGUAAUCUCUGAAGGUAUGGGGUCAUGUGAGAUGAUACUGGGGCGAGUCCAAAAGGAUGUUUCUCAGGGUCUUAAGUUUGAAGAAGCCUACGAACAAGAAGUCAGUCUGCAAAGGCAGCUAGGGAAUUCCUCCGCUGGAAGACUGAACAGGAAGAUACAAGAGCUUCACCAAGUGAGCGCGGAGGAAAAGCUUACCCAUAUGGGAGGAAGGAGUGAGAGGCACAGUGAGUUCGGGAACAGCUUCACUGUGGAUCCCACACUUAGUUCCCAUCAAAGACUUCCUACGGGAGACAAACCCCAUAAGUGUGAUGAAUGUAGCAAGAGUUUUAAUCGAACUUCAGAUCUUAUUCAGCAUCAGAGAAUUCACACUGGAGAAAAACCAUAUGAAUGUAGUGAGUGUGGGAAGGCCUUCAGCCAGAGCGCACACCUUAUUCAGCACCAGAGAAUCCACACUGGAGAGAAGCCUUACGAGUGCAAAGAUUGUGGGAAGACCUUCAGCUGUAGCUCUGCCCUCAUUCUUCAUCAGAGAAUCCACACUGGGGAGAAACCUUACGAAUGUAACGAAUGUGGAAAAACAUUUAGUUGGAGCUCCACUCUUACCCACCAUCAGAGAAUCCACACUGGCGAGAAGCCCUAUGCUUGCAAUGAAUGUGGGAAGGCCUUCAGCAGGAGUUCCACCCUCAUUCAUCAUCAGAGAAUCCACACUGGGGAGAAACCGUAUGAAUGUAAUGAGUGUGGGAAAGCCUUCAGCCAGAGCUCACAUCUCUAUCAGCACCAGAGAAUCCACACUGGAGAGAAGCCCUAUGAAUGUAUGGAAUGUGGAGGGAAGUUUACCUACAGUUCUGGCCUUAUUCAGCACCAGAGAAUCCACACAGGGGAGAAUCCCUAUGAAUGUAGCGAGUGUGGGAAAGCCUUCAGGUAUAGCUCAGCUCUUGUUCGCCACCAGAGGAUUCACACUGGAGAGAAGCCUUUGAAUGUAAUGGGUGUAAAGCAAAAAUUCUCUCAGAGUCUCUGCUGAAUUAAACAUCAGAGAAUCCACAUGAGAGCCAUAAACUAUUUCCCUCACAUCCCGAGUGUACUGGGCUCUUGCCUUACUUGUUUUAUUAGGACCAAUGUAGGAUCUGUCCCACCUCAAACAAGUCACUUAGAGUGGGGCUGACAGGGAAAGCAUCCUGGCACAGUCAUCAGCAGAAUUUCCCAGGAAUGGAUACCAGUCUUAAAAAAAAGAAAUUGUGAGGAAGGUAGUAAAUUAAACACUGGGAACAGAAGGAAGCUUGGGACCAGUCACCCCCUUUUGAGAAGAGGUUUGCACUAAACCAGUUUUCUCAUAUCUGAAGAGCCUUUCUUUCCAAGGUGGGGAGGGACACUUAUUUGCAACAAAAUUCCAGUGAUUUCACUAGCUGGACUCAGUCUGUUGAGCUCAGAAGGCAGAGGGAAGAAUCUUCUGAGUCAUCAGAUGCUCUGAGAAGAGAAACAGGCUGUGGUUCUUUUCCUUUUCCUUUGUGUUUGUGAGACAGGAUCUCACCAUGUACCCCUGGCUGUUUCUGAGCUCACUAUGUAGACCAGACGGGCUCUGAACUCAGAGAGACCUGCUUGCCUCUGCCUUCUGAGUGCUGGGAUUAAAAGCUAAAAGCUGUACUCUAAGCCCUGAGGGGCUGCAUUCCGAAAGCAUCCUUCCUAAUCCAGCUUUAAUGGUGGGCAAGGAAUACUGCUUUGGUACAUGAUUUCAGGAAUUGAGGAAACUUGGUGCUGAUGAGCUUAUGUAUUAGGGGGAAACAAAAACAGACCCUAGCAAGGGUUUCUGCAGUGACUAUCCUUUAGGCUCUUGGAGCAGUCAGGCAGUACUGUAGGCAGACCAUACAUCUUCCCUGUGACAUCACUGACAGGGAAUCUCAUAGGGGCAGCAAAUAACUGGGGAUAGAUCAGAAGCAUUUAGCACUGGCCUGCCUCCUGUCCUUUUUAAAACUUUUUUGUUUGUUUGUUUUGUUUUUCGAGACAGGGUUUCUCUGUAUAGCCCUGGCUGUCCUGGAACUCACUCUGUAGACCAGGCUGUCCUCACACUCAGAGAACCGCCUGCCUCUGCCUCCCAGAGUGCUGGGAUUACAGGUGUGUGCCACCAUACCCGGUGGUGAAAAGUAAUUUAAUGUUAACUUCUAGUUACUACUUGCUCUCAGGGAACUCACCCUGCCGCUUUUCCUGCCCUCUCACAUACAAAAUUUGGCCUCAGCAUCUGGACUUGUCUGGAUUCCACCUCUAACUUGAGCUUCUUCAGAGUACACACACAGUAAAGCCGGAGAGGGACUGAGUUCGAGCUUUGCAGCAGGGCUCCUCCUGGGUUUCGGUGGAGCUCCCUGAGUUUUCCCAACCCAACAGAUGGCUUUCCAUAUUUCCCCAGCCCUGCCCAUCCUGUAGCAUACACGAAAUGCACUACUAAAUACAACAGGUUUUCAGAAGGGAGUGUUUUUGUAAGGGAAUCACACUUGUGUCAGUUAAAACAGCACAGUGGCCAUAAAUAGAAUCCUAAAGUGAACUCUCAAACUUUUCUUGGAUAAACUUAUUUUUGGUCACAAACUUGUCACACACAACUCUCUGAAUCUCUUGUAGACAUUGUCCCAGACUAUAUAAAUGUAUGUAGCCAUCUUCAUACCAAAUUCAGGAUCUUAUGAGCUAUAGAUCAUUUUGUGUGGUGUAAUGUCUAGAAUUGAUGCCAAAAACUAAAAAGGUUUACUUGGCUCUUGUGUAGCAAUGGGUACAUUUCUCUGUCUUGGCUUAAUGUUUUUAGAAGGAUAUCACAGCCAUGGAAAUGGUAGGCUAGGAAUCUUAUGACGAGAUUAACAUUAAGAUGGCCAUGGACUCACUUUUUUUUUUUUUUUUGUAGGAUACUGUGAUGGGUUAUCUAAUAUUUUUCUUUAAUUUCACAAAAUUACCGAACCAAUUGUCCAGGCUCCUUUAGCACUUGUUGCCAGGCCUGACAGUUUAGGCUCUAAUCUCAGUUUGGGAGAUUGAUAGAGGAUGAUCCCAAGUUCAAGGCUUGCCUCGACUACCCCGAGUUCAAGGCCAGCUCCUAGGCAGUCGGUCUCACUGUUGGCCAUUCUAAUGACUAGAGAUUAAGCUGCCGAGCCAAAUGCCUCCUCAUCAGUUUUAGGAUUAGCUUCUAGUCCUCAUCAGUUUUAGGAUUAGCUUCUAGUUCUCUUUCCAAACAACACACCGUAAUUGUUUAUCAAAUAAAAAUUUAGAGAACAUUUUUCAUUCAUAGCAAAAUACGGUGCAUUAUUUCCCCUCCUCUGGAGAUUAAACCCAGUGUCUCAUGCGGGAAAGAGUUAUGUACCUCAGCCUAGAUGUGUUUUACAUUUAUUUUUGGUGUGUGUAUUCAUGCACGCACACACAGCUGGUUCUCUUGCCAUGUGGACUCCAGUGAUGAAGCUGAGGUCACCAGCCCUGGCUGGACCAGAGUCUUUGAGCCAUGUCUCUGAUCCAGGAGGGGGUUUGGUUUGGUUUUUGAGUAUUUUAUUUUGAGGUGUUGGUUUUUGUUUUUGUUGUUUGUUUUGGAGACAGUUUCUCUGUGUAGCCCUGGCUGUCCUAGAUUUCACUUUGUAGACCAAGCUGGCCUUGAACUCAGAGGUCUGCCUGCUUCUGCCUCCUGAGUGCUGGGAUUAAAAGGGUACACCACUA